CCCUGACACAGAGCUGGCUGGCUGCUGAAGGAGAGAGAGCGUUAGCGCGCCGGGCCUGCCGGGCUGCCGGGGCCGACGGGCGGGACGCUGCGGCCGGAGCCCGGGCGCGGGGAGGACGCCGCGCGGGGGGGCGCGCACGGCCGGCCCCGCUCCGGCCCGGCGGCGGGGGCGCGGAGGGACCGCCGGCCGCGGCUCGUUACCUGCAAGUUAAACACCUGAACCGGCAGCGGCAUCUUCGCCCACCCCGCCGCGGCGCGCCGUCCACUUCCGGGGCAGUGCGCCCACUGCUUCCGGGCCGCGGCGUAGGCGGGGCGGCUCUUAAAGGGCCCGCGGCGCGCCUGGCCGGGCGGUGCCCGCGGGUCCCGCGGCCGCAUGAGCCGCGCGCGGGGGGCGCUGUGCCGGGCUUGCCUCGCCCUGGCUGCGGCCCUGGCCGCGCUGCUGCUGCUGCCGCUGCCUCUCCCCCGCGCGCCCGAGCCGGCCCCGACCCCCGGCCCCGGCCUGCGCGCGCCCCCUGCCCGCCCCGCCACCGCCUCCCGCCUGCGGCCCGACGACGUCUUCAUCGCGGUCAAGACCACCCGGAAGAACCAUGGGCCGCGCCUGGGGCUGCUGUUACGCACCUGGAUCUCCCAGGCCCGACGACAGACAUUCAUCUUUACGGACGGGGACGACCCUGAGCUACAGCUUCAAGGAGGCAGCCACGUCGUCAACACCAACUGCUCGGCCAUGCACACCCGCCAGGCUCUGUGCUGCAAGAUGUCAGUGGAAUACGACAAGUUCAUCGAGUCCGGACGCAAGUGGUUCUGCCACGUGGACGAUGACAACUACGUGAACCCCAGAGGCCUGCUCCAGCUGCUGGCCGCCUUCUCGCCCAGCCGGGACAUCUACCUGGGCCGGCCCAGCCUAGACCACCCCAUCGAGGCUGCCGAGAGGGUCCAGGGAGGUGGAACCGUGACCACAGUCAAGUUCUGGUUUGCUACCGGCGGGGCCGGGUUCUGCCUGAGUAGAGGCCUUGCCCUCAAGAUGAGCCCGUGGGCCAGCCUGGGCAGCUUCAUGAGCACAGCUGAGCGGGUGCGGCUGCCGGACGACUGCACAGUGGGCUACAUCGUGGAGGGGCUGCUGGGUGCUCGCCUGCUGCACAGCUCGCUGUUCCACUCCCACCUGGAGAACCUACAGAGGCUGCCGCCCGACACCCUGCUCCAGCAGGUCACCCUGAGCUACGGGGGUCCUGAGAACCCACAUAACGUGGUGAAUGUGGCCGGAGGCUUCAGCCUGCAGCAGGACCCCACACGGUUUAAGUCCGUCCACUGCCUUCUCUACCCGGACACGGACUGGUGUCCUGUGCAGGAGCAGGAUGACCUCGCCCCUCGGUGACUCUCGACCCAAAUGUGCCUGUAGCUCUGCCCCAGGUGCAAUCCAUGAAACAGCAAGAGCCUUUUGUCUGGGGCUCCAUCCGCAGUGAGACAUCCCCAUCCCACCAGCUGACCCACCUUGGCCUUGACAGUGCCUUUCCGUGGGAGGAGGAAACAGAACAAGGGGAGCCAGCACCUGCCUUCUGGUCUCUCACUCUGCUGUUGUGACAAGUGAAUAAAGGCUUGACUGUUA